GAUGAUGGGCAAAAUUUAAAAAAAAAAAAUACUUCACAGCAAGCAAGGGCAGAGCAGGAAGAGGAAUUCAUCAGUAAUACUUUAUUUAAGAAGAUUCAAGCUCUGCAGAAGGAAAAAGAAACACUUGCAGUAAACUAUGAAAAGGAAGAGGAAUUUCUUACUAAUGAGCUGUCAAGGAAACUGAUGCAGCUGCAGCAUGAGAAAGCUGAACUGGAGCAGCACUUAGAGCAGGAACAGGAAUUUCAAGUGAACAAACUGAUGAAGAAGAUUAAAAAACUGGAAAAUGAUACAAUUUCGAAGCAGCUCACCCUGGAGCAGCUAAGACGUGAGAAGAUUGACCUUGAAAAUACUUUGGAACAAGAACAAGAAGCACUAGUGAAUCGUCUCUGGAAGAGGAUGGAUAAGCUGGAAGCAGAAAAACGAAUUUUGCAGGAGAAAUUAGACCAGCCAGUGUCUGCUCCACCAUCACCCAGAGACAUAUCAAUGGAGAUAGAUUCUCCAGAAAAUAUGAUGAGACAUAUCAGAUUUUUAAAGAAUGAAGUGGAGAGGUUAAAGAAACAACUGAGGGCUGCACAGUUACAGCAUUCAGAGAAGAUGGCACAAUAUUUAGAAGAGGAGCGACAUAUGAGAGAAGAAAACUUGAGACUUCAAAGAAAAUUACAGAGGGAAAUGGAACGUAGGGAAGCACUUUGUAGGCAGCUGUCAGAAAGUGAAUCCAGCUUAGAAAUGGACGAUGAAAGAUAUUUUAAUGAGAUGUCUGCACAAGGAUUAAGACCUCGCACUGUGUCCAGUCCUAUCCCUUAUACACCCUCACCAAGUUCUAGCAGACCUAUAUCACCUGGUCUGUCAUAUGGAAGUCAUACAGUUGGUUUCACACCACCGACUUCACUGACUAGAGCUGGAAUGUCUUACUACAAUUCCCCAGGCCUUCAUGUGCAACAUAUGGGACCAUCCCAUGGUAUUACA